AUGUCGGAAGUUUAUAGUAUAGAACCCAAAACAUCUGGAAGAGUAAUUAUUUACACAAGCUUAGGAGAAUUAGAGGUCUUACUUUUUUGUAACGAAUGUCCAAUAGCUUGCCAAAAUUUCAUUCAGCUAUGUUUAAAUAACUAUUAUAACAAGAAUAAAUUUUUCCGAGUUAUUCCAAAAUUUCUAAUUCAAACAGGCGAUCACACGAAUACUGGACUGCACAAUGAAUACGCAUUCAAGGAACCUUUUAAGAAUGAAUACAACAGCCGUUUGAAAUUCUUAUACACAGGUUGCAUAUCUUUUGCAAAUUUAAAUAUAGAAAAACCUUCAAAUGGGAGUCAAUUUUUUAUAACUUUGGAUAAGGCAGAAUAUCUGAAUAACAAAAGUACAUUGUUUGGAAAGGUAGCAAAGCAUAGCAUAUAUAAUUUGCUGAAAUUUAAUAAUAUAAAAACAAAUAAGAAUGACGAACCGAUAGAAGAUAUUCCAUACAUUGAAUAUAUUAAAAUCGUUGAAAAUCCUUUUCAUCAUCUAGUUCCUUAUGCAAACUAUGAUAAGGAUGACAGAGACACUUCAGCACAAGAGAUAGUGACAAAGAGCACAAAAAAGCUGAAAAGCAGUUUACUCUCAUUUGGCUAUGACGAGGUGGAGGAUGAAGAGGCUGCAUCUGCUGAUGUGACUUCUGCUGAUGUGACUUCUGCCGGUGUGACUUCUGCUGAUGUGGCUGCGCAUGCUCCACUUCUACCUGACCGAUCCCAUUAUCACCACGAAAAAUGGAACCAAACAAUCCAAUCAGCACAGGACGAAGAGCAGUUGUCGAGAGAACGAACGGAUGACACACCUCGCGAAAGCGUCGACAUGAGCGAAAUGACAAUCCAAGCGUGUCCAAAAGAAAGAACGCAAAAGGAGAACCCUGAAAUAAACAAAAAUGACAACAAGCUAGAUGUGGACAAAAUAAAUAUGUUAAAAAAAAGAACAAAAGAUAUCGAAAAAUCUGCAACGAACAAAAAGAAAAACCAUUCGGGCAUUCGGGAUUUGGUAACCUUGGAUGAUGCAUACUUAAGGAAGAUGAAAAAGUACAAAAAAAUGUCCAAAUCGGAAAGAGAAAAACAGUCUUUGAAAAAAUUAGAAGAAUUCGACAGUAGACUGAAGGAUCUUUUUUCUGGAGACGGAGAAAAAAGUCAAGGGGUGAAACACGAUUGGCUAAACACUGAGGGAUUGAAAUUCAAAAUUGAUUCUACCAAUGCAUACGAAUAUGAAGACAUAAAGAAGAAUAUGAUAAAUCCUAUGGAAAACGAAAAAAAGCGUCCGUACGACUCGAAAUUCAGUGUGCAGAAGUACUUAAAGGAAAAGCAAGGGAAAAAAAGACCAUUCAAAGUAACGAUUGGAAAAUAA